AUGGAAUCGGUAGAAAAACCCGAAGAACCCGUCCCAGUAAGUUCUUCAAGAUUAGCUGGAAUGCCCAACUGGGGAACAGCAACUGUUGUUGGGAUAUUUGCAGGAUUGCUUUAUGGAGGAAGCAAAGAAGCUUCUGCUUCUGUGAGUAAGGAUGCAGAAGUGAUGUUGAAGAUGGGUAGUACACAGGAUAAGCGUGAACAACACAGAUUGAUGCGAGAUGCGAUGGAGAAAAGAUUCAUCCGAGUAACUCGUGGCUCCAUCAUUGGAGGGUUACGCCUUGGAAUGUUCACUGCCUCAUUCUUUAGUCUACAAAACUUUUUAGCUGAGACGCGAGGAGUGCAUGAUGUUUUCAAUGUUGUAGGAGCUGGUUCAGCAACUGCUGCAGUAUUUGGCCUAAUCAUGCCGGGGUCUCUUGCUUGGCGCGCGCGGAAUGUGAUGCUUGGUUCAAUUCUUGGAGCUACAGUCUGCUUCCCUCUUGGUUGGGUACAACUGAAGCUCAUGGAGAAAGCAAACGAAGGCAACAAAGAAGACACGAGCCACCAUGGCGAGGUCACGAGUGGGGUUGGUGCAGCCAUUGAGAGGCUCGAACAACAGUUGAGAAAAUAA